CUCUUGCCAUCCAACAUCCACCGCGCGACUACUCCGCUCUACCCGUUUUCUCCUCCUCGGAACCCUAAUCCUAGCUGCUUCCCUCCGGCCAUCGGCCCAAAUUCUAGAGCACCGACGCCCCCGGAUCUCCGUUUGAGCGAUGGCGGCUGCGGCGGCGGCGGCGAGGGGCGACGGGCAGGAGAAGGUGAUCGCCGCGGCGAAGCACAUCGUCAGCAGCCUCGGCAACUCCAAGAGCGCCACCGAGGACAUGAUCCGCAUCCUCUCCGGCUUUGACAAUCGCCUCUCCAUCAUCAACGACCUCUUCCCCCCUUCCGCUGUCGCGGACGACGACGGAGACGCCCAAGUGGAUGGUGUAGAUGAUUCGGAGGCCGAGCUCCGACUCGAGGCCGCCCAGAAGGUCGUCCUCCGCUGGGACGCCUCCGAUUCCCUUUUGUGGGAGUCUUCCCCCGAGGAUGCCGAGGAGUACCUCGCUGCUGUCAAUGAUCUCAUAUACUUAGCGGGAUGCGGUACCUCUCCAGCCGUCUCCAUUGCAGACGACCUUGUCACUCGUGCGGAGGUCGCGCUUCAGAUAUCAAUGUCUCGCCUUGAAGAGGAGUUCCGCCAUCUGAUGGUCCGGAAUGCCGUUCCUUUGGACUCCAACGAUUUGUGCUCCUCCAUUCGCUGUCUCUCUCUCUCGUCUGCAUCCGACGGCGGUGAGCCUAUAGAUGACUUUGAGAGCUCCGUCGAUGAUGAAAAUCACCACCACCAACUCCAGCAGCAACAACAGCCGGCAUCAGAACAGCUGGAAGGUAGCCCUAAGGAUAGAUCCGGGAGCAGUCUUGUGGAUGAUCGGUGCUUAGAUCUGAUCCAUCCCGAAGUUGUUGCUGAUCUCAAGGUGAUCGCGGAUCAUAUGAUCUUGGCCAAGUAUGACCGUGAGCUCCAUCAGGUGUACUGCACUGUGCGACGGGAUAUUCUGGAUGAGUGCCUCUCUAUUCUUGGUAUUGAUAGGAUAAGCAUUGAAGAGGUACAGAGAAUUGAGUGGAGGAUGCUGGAUGACAAGAUGAAGAAGUGGAUUCAGGCCCUGAAAAUCAUAGUUCGAAUUCUGCUCUGGGGAGAGAGGCGGCUCUGUGAUCAUAUUCUUGCUGCCUCAGAGGAGCUUAAGGAGGAGUGCUUCAUGGAGACAGUUAAGGGGUCGGUCAUGCAGCUGCUCAACUUUGGCGAUGCUAUUACAAUAUGCCAGCGGUCUGCUGAAAAGCUCUUUCGUAUGCUGGAUAUGCAUGAUGCCCUGGCUGAUGUUUUACCAGAUCUUCAGGCCUUGUUUGCCGGAGACCCAAAGGACCUUAUAUGUGAAGCAGUAGAGGGGAUUCUCAAAAGGUUAGGGGAUUCUGUAAAAAGAACUCUCAUGGAAUUUGGCAAUGCAAUCCAGAGGGAACCAUCUCGGAGGCCAACACAGGGAGGGGAGAUCCAUCCCAUGGCACGAUAUGUGAUGAACUAUGUGAAAUUACUGGCGGAUUACAUGGAUACACUCAAUUUUCUUUUAGAAAAUGAAGUGAUUGGCGGUGAUCAGGGAAAUGCUGAAUCUUAUGAUAAUAGUAGGAUCUCUGAUGGAGAGAAUCUGGAGAGUAUGACUCCAUUAGGUCACCAUAUACUUGUGAUAAUUUCAUAUUUAGAAUUUAACCUGGAUGAAAAAUCUAAAAUAUAUGAAGAUGGAGCAAUGAGGUAUAUAUUUUUGAUGAACAAUAUAAAUUACAUCGUCAAUAAAGUCAAGGAUUCAGAUCUUGGGAAGCUUUUGGGAGACCACUGGAUAAGAAAGCACCGCAGCCAAAUUCGGCAGUAUGCCAGAAGCUACCUUAGAACUUCCUGGAUCAAAGUGUUAUCAUGUAUGAAAGAUGAUGGAUUUGGGAGUGGUAGCUCCAGCAGUGUCUCAAAGGUCACUCCGAAGGACAAAUUCAAAAACUUCAACUUGGCAUUUGAAGAAAUCUAUAGGGUUCAGACAACUUGGAAGGUUCCAGAUCCUCAACUCCGAGAAGAAUUGAGAAUUUUAGUAUCAGAGGCGGUCAUCCCAGCAUAUCGCUCAUUUAUGGGAAGGUUUGGUAGUCAAGUAGGUGGAAGACAAGCAACAAAACAUAUAAAGUAUACACCAGAUGAUUUGGAGAGCAAUCUUUCAGAUUUGUUUGAAGGUUUGCCUGGAUUUGCUCCAAGAAAAAAAACUUAGCUCAUGAAAGCGGCAGGUAUGAUCUAAGUUUCAUCUAGGGUCUCUGUAUGCAUGGUUCAGACUUCAGAUAUUGCACUGAUUGUAAGCUUGACAAUGACCCUUUCUAGUCAUUUUAUCGGUUACACAUAGUGUUAGUUUUUCAUAUAUAUAAUACAUAAGUCAUGUGCAAGUGUGAAUUUUUAUA